AUGGCAACUCCAACACCCCACUCUCCAGAAUACAUAACUCCCGAGGACCUCAACUCCAUCCUCUCAACGCCCAUAAAUAUAAUAAUCGACCCCCAAAUCGUCUCGUCCAUAACCUCACAAUCCCCUUUCCUUCCCAUCCCAACCGCCCUAAACCUCCGCACCAUAACCGCGCAAAAUCUAAAAUCCAAUUUCCUCUUCCGCUCCGGUACCCUCUCCCACCUCCCACCCCCCGUACUCAAAGACUUCACAACACAAUACAACAUCAGCACUAUCUUCGAUUUACGCUCCCCCUCUGAAGUCGCAUCCUCCCCAGAUCCGGCAAUCGAAGGCGUAGAAAUCAUCGUAGUUUCCGAACCCACAACCAACGAGGGGAGAGAAAUCCGAGUCGAAGAUUUCAUACGAAAUGACGGCGUAGACGCCUGGGUAGCUAUCUACCUCGAUAUCAUGCGCAACACGCACGCCGUCGCAUUCCGGACGUUCUUCGCACACUUGCUUACCUGUAAGGGAAAUAUUCUAUUCCACUGCACGGCGGGGAAAGACCGUACUGGCGUGCUUUCUGCGUUGAUUUUCAUGCUCGUGGACGCGACGAGAGAGGAGAUUAGUUUGGAUUAUAUGUUGACACGCGUGGGCAUCGAGCCUGGGCGUGCGAUGUUGAUUAGGCAGUUAGAGGCGUUUGUGGGGAGGGAGGUGGAGGGGGGGAUGUGGGAGGUUCCUGGGAUGCCGGCGUUGUGUGGGAUGUGUGAGGGGAAUGUUGUUGGGUUGGUGGCGGGCGUGGAAGGGGUUUGGAGGGGGAGGGGCGUGGAUGGGUAUAUGGCUGAGUUGGGGUUUGGGAGGGAGCAGAUGAGGAGGAUUAGGAGGGUCUUGAGGGGGGAGGUGGAGGUUUAG